UCAUGUGAUAGGCGUUAAUCAAAACAGCACAGCAGUUGCAGUGCGGCUGAAGUGUUUGCGAGAACUACGACUACGAAGAAACAAAUCUCUACUCUGCACUUCCCACAGGUAACUGAACCGACAGCAUGGCAACAUAUGGGAUGGAUCGAGUUCCCGACUACUUGGGCUAUCUCGUGCUCGCUGAAGAUGGGGCUGUGAUCAGUUCAGGCGGAGAAUUGGAGAAUGAUGAGUCAACAGCGAACAAAUUGAACAAACUGAUCCACACAGCGUGCAGGAUCCCCAUCACCCCCGACAAGAAAGACGUGCUACGCAGAAUGUCGAUUGUGGUGGAUGACGUCAUCUUCAUGGUCACUGUAUCCCAACACAAGAUCUUUGUGUCCAAGCGACAGUACAACCCACAGGAGCCCGUGUCUACGUGAGAGGUCAAGGACACUCGUUUUAUAUAAUGUGACGUGUGUGUAUAUAUAUAUAUGUGUGUAUGUGUGUCCAAGCGACAGUACAACCCACAGGAGCCCGUGUCUAUGCCAGAGGUCAAGGACACUUGUUUUAUAAUGUGAUGUGUGUGUGUAUAUAUAUGUGUGUAUGUGUGUGUGUGUGUGUCCAAGCGACAGUACGACCCACAGGAGCCAGUCUCCACGCCAGAGGUCAAGGACACUCGUUUUAUGAUGACUGUGUGUGUGUGUGUGUGUUUAUAGAUGGUGUGGUUGUGUGUGUGAGUGAGUCCUAUAUAUAUAUAUGUAUGUGUCUGGGCUUACGUUUCAGCUUGUUUGACUCAAAGAUGAAAGUAUUUGCCGUAUACUUGGGCACGCCAAAGAGAAUUGGGUGUGAGGGAGUAUGUGUGGAAGAUGGCAGGUAUAAAAUGAAGUGUGUGUAGACAGGUCUGGGUUUUUUUAUUUGAGUGUGAGUGCUCUUGAUUGCCGGUAUGAUCUUACACCACGUACUCCUUUUUGAAACCCGUGCGAAAAGUUUCCAGUGAUAUUUUUGUGUCUUGGUCAAUCUUUUACCCCUUCCUUCAGGUGUGUCUUAAUUAAAAUGUGUGAGUAUGUGUAUUUGUUGAUGGGUGCAUGGCAAUGAACUGAUGCUAUUUGGUGCCUGAAAGAGAUAAUUAAAAAAGCAUUUGCAAUUGUCACUAAUUGUGCAAUUGUAUGUUAUAUGGAGAAUGUGGAAAUGUGAUUGGGUCUGUGAGUUUGCUUUAUUUAUGUAGCUGCUCAUAAAUAUUCGCAGUUUAUAAACAUUUUGGAAAGGGGGGGGGGGUGUAAUUCUGUGAUGUUUAUAAAGUGUAGUCUUGGGGAAAGGAGUACUGUUUCAGCAUGUAUUUUUCGUUUCAUGCCAAUUUGGUUGUUUUUAAAUCCCUCCCUUUUUAAAAGUUUUGUUGGAAAUUCUUCUGAUAUGAAAUAGAAGUCUUAUUUGUGAACGGCAAAUGUUUUGACCUCUUGUAAGAACUAAGUCUACUCUCUACUUUUUUUUAUACCAUUCUUUUUUUCUGAUAUUUUCAUCUUUUAGUUUUAAAAGUUUCUAAGUCAGACAGCCAUUUCUGUUUGUCUUGUCACUGUUUUAAAUGCUGUUUAAUCCUUUGUUUCAGCUAUCGAUAACCUGAAGUCACGUCUAGUCUUAUGAGUACAAUGAAAGCAAAGUAAUAAAUAGAUAAUUUAAAUGUUAAUUCUACUUGUACAUUCUCUUGCCUCUUGUUUGUUAUUUGUUUUAGGUGCUGAAAUUUCAGGAUUCAUUUUUUCCUUUUUCUCUGGGUUUAACGGUAAUUUGAUUUUGUGAAAGGUAUGUUCAGGUGUUUGUGUUGAAAUACUGUUUGACGUUGACAUUAUGAUGUUUAAUGAAGUUCUCGUUACGUAAUAAACAAACACGUUUCAUAUCUCACUUA